AUGCAGUGCGGGUUCCACCCGUCGUCUCUACGACCCUCCGUGCCCCGCGCCCCCUCCCACCACGACACCCAUGCGGCUUUCGUUCAAACUUACGUAGUUUGGAUUUGUUUGGUGUUGGCGGCCGGUGCGCGCGCACGCUCCGCGCCGCCCGCCCCCGCCGGCUGUCAGUGGGACUAUUCGGACACAAAGUUGAGUGAAUCUAACUUUCUCACGUGCAACAUCAAAACCAUCGGCUCCGCGGACUUCUUGUUUAAAAACAUCACCACGGCGCAGGCGUACAAUAUCAACAAGUUGAAGUUGACAUGUACGGAUUUGCUAUUCUUCGAGAGUUCCCUGCACAUGAAUACUGGCAGCUUUCUGGGACAGUUGAGAAAACUUGAGGACCUGCGCAUCGAAUAUUGUAAAAUACGCUACGUGCCUGCAACGGUUCUGUCGCCGCUGCGUGAUUUAACAAGCUUGACCUUACGAUCAUUCAACACUGAUUGGCCUGCAAUGACAAUGGAAUUCCACGCCGAAAGUUUUCGAGGUUUGAUGGAACUUCGCUCCUUGGACUUAGAUAACGAGAAGAACGUGCAACAAAACAUUCGAAUGCUCGAUGUCAGCUACAAUGCUUUAGAGGACAUAGAUGAAAGGUCCGUACCGGAUUCUAUUGAGAAUUAUUUAAAAACGUGCCACGUCCUUCUCUGGGGCGAAAAGAAGUUUUGGGAGAAAAUUAGGUUCGUGAUGCCCGACAUUUCCAAUUUGCAAUGGAACAAGGACAAUUUGAACUACAAUCACGGCGUGUGUCCCAACGCUAGACGGCACCCGUCUAGAUACACAGCGUCACCCACUGCGCCGGAGCUGUGGUACAAAUACGACGCGAUCCCAGCGCAAACGCAGACCAACGUCAACAUCGGCGUUAACGUAGAGGACGACACCUCAAUGCUGACGAACACAACGUUGACCAGUCAGGUCCAAGACGGCGACAAUCCCCAUCACAGCUACAUUUCAAUAGACGCCCAAAACUACGAGCAGCCAUACGGUGGUCGCCCGAGACCACCGAACUCACUUCGUAAGCAUCCCGGCCACAGUUCCCCUUCCAUGUUAGACGACCAGGGCUACUUACAACCCCGCUCCUCCGUGCAUGAGUGCUUACCGCAAACCCAUUCGGCCGCACACAGA